AUGGAGCCCACGGCCUCGCAGGUGUUUUGCGGGAGGGUGCUGGGCAUGGUCAACGCCGAGGACGUCAACGCCAUCAUCCUGGCCCAGAAAAACAUGCUGGAUCGAUUUGAGAAGACCAACGAGAUGCUCCUCAACUUCAACAACCUCUCCAGCGUCCGCAUGCAGCAGAUGAACGAGCGGUUCCUCCACCACACCAAGACGCUGGUGGAAAUGAAGAAGGAUCUGGACAGCAUCUUCCGGAGGAUCCGGACGCUGAAAGGGAAGCUGGCGAAGCAGUACCCGGAGGCUUUCAGCAACAUCCACGAGUCUCCCAUCCUGGAAGACGACGACGACUUCGACCCCGUCCCGAAAAGCACCACAACCACCAUCGCUACCUCUGAGCAGAGCACGGAGUCCUGCGACACCAGCCCUGACGUCAUCUCUCCCACCACCAGCCACGAUUUCGAGGAUUUAUCCCAAGGCCAGUGCGAUUCCCCGGCCGUGAACGGACAGAGUCUCACAGAUGAAGACAUGGCCAACGACCUGGACUAG